AUGGAGCCGAAUCGUGCCCGGCGACGUGUCAGGCGCAUCGUAUCUACCGAGAAGCCGACGACAGGAAGGAAAGGAAACUCAAUCUCGGCGGUCCUCGCAAAGCAAGAACCUGCUCGCAGGUCAGACCUCCCGCCUUGGGACCGAGUCGUUGAUGUUGUCUACCAUAGGCAAAGCCACAGCGACGAACGGCGCCGGAGCACGAGCGAGAGGGAAUUUGAACAGUACCUCGACAGUUUCAAUUGUGGCCGCGCCAAAAGUAACCGGAAGCUCCGGUCGAAUAAGCUUGCUCGACUGCCGGUAAGGGCUAGAUUCCGUAUCUGUCAAUAUCUUGUUGCCACUCCGCGAGAUGGCCAUUCAGACAAGCCAGUCAGCUUGAACCGGCAUUCGCACAACAGAGACUGCUGGGAAGCAUCCGAAUUUACACCUUUAAACGAAAUCCUCUGUCAUAUGGGGCCUUUUCUGGGCAUAUCGAAAGCGUUCUCUGCGGAUAUCCUCGUCACGCUCCUCACGACACGCACCUUUCACGUCACCCUGUCGCCCUUUGUCGGACCCCGUUUAAGCCCCCUGGCUACGAGCUGGCUCAACAAAUACGGUCCUUAUAUGCAGAGCCUGAUCUUGGAAGUCGACCUGACGCGGCUCGGGUUGGGACCUCUUCAUUCCGAGCGGUUACGACCAGGUUUGCGCAAUCUCGAAACGCUACUACACGAUUUCAGCAUGUCGCAGUUGCGGAGGGACAAGGCCUUGCCGCUCAAAAGCUUUGUUCUGUUAUGUCGGCGGUUCAAGACGGACAACGGAGACGGCGAAUCAACCGGACGCUAUCAGUCGGGCAUCAACAUCAAGGGAUACUUUCCGACAAGUCAGGCUCACCGAGGUGAUGAUUCGAUUAUCGCCACCGAUUGGGAAGUCGUCAGAGCCGCGAAAGAAUCGUCCAAAUUCGACAACGGCAGCAUCGGUAGUGGUGAUAGCUUCCAGCACGCCUCGCCGACGACAACCAUAAGUUCCUCAGUUGCCUCUUCUUCGUCUGAUGAACGAACGCAGCCACAUCAACGUCAGGAUGCAUUUCGCAUCUUCAACCACCUCGCUCGAUUACGCUCCCGCAUCGACGCAUUACGCAUCUGUGGUUUCACAGAGCCAGUCACUCACCAGAUCCUCGAAAUACUUAUACCGCAUUUUCGCAGUAUGCCCGUCCAGGAGCACGGGUACCGCAUUGCACCAUCGACAGUAUGGCCUUUGCUACCACAACAAACGGCGUACGUAGAUGGAGGGCCCGGCCUUGGUGUUGUCCUGAUGAGUGCCGGGAACGAUACAUCUCAACAUCCGCACUGCAUGCGCAGGGGCCCGUUUCUGCCGCCACCUCCAGUGGUAUAUACCGUUGUGGAAACGCACCAGCAUGCAGUGGCGGAUCGUGACGAUGCACACAGAGGCGCAUGUAUGGACGAGAGGAUGCACAGAGAGCCUAAGUGCCCCCCAGUCGUUGACGAACAGCUUCUAACGAUCACAUCAGCUCGGAGAGGAAUGAAGAAGGGAAGAAAUCAGCGGUUGUGGAUGAGCAAGCACGAAAAAGACCGGGUAAGGGAGGGUGCCCAGGUGCAGGCCAUCGCGUGUGCGAUGACCAAUACAUUGUAA